UGGUGUUUUAGAUUAGUCUUGCAAUUUUUGCGCAUAAUUUCUGUUGUAUUCGGUUCUAUUGUAAGUACCACAUUUUAUUGGACACACUCGCCACAACUCGCGAGUAAAGGAAUAGUCAGUCGAAAGCACCAGAAAAACAUUUUGUUUCCCUAAAAACUUAUUGACCAAUACAUAGUAAGUACUUCGUACCUACUAAUUCCAUGGUAGGUACUUCGUGUUGUUUCCAAUAGUAGGUAGGUAGUUGUUUUUCAAUGUAGCAGUGUUGCCAUAUGUUCGGAUUGGUCCGUUUACGUACGGAGUUUUUGGUAGUCUGCACGGAUGUGUUCGGAUUUUAUAUGAUGCUAGUAAUUUUCACGCUGAAACAUUAUUUACUUCACUCAGUUCAAUAUGAACGAAAAGCAACUUAAUUUAUCUCGUACCAUUUUUAAUUUAUUAAGCUUAAGCUACCAACACUGCACGCUGAAAACGGGGAAUCACAUUUCAUUGUACACUGAAGAGUUUAGAGACAUCUAAAUAUUAUCUAGAUAGGUAUAUAUCUAGGUAGAUAAUAUAAAUUCGACUGUGCGUGCUUGUGCUGGCUGUGAUGGUUAAAAAGCUCUGUCAUCUGUUACCUACCUAUCGAAGUGUGUGUGUUGUAUUCACAGGUUGUAGUUUUAUUCUGUCAUGAUUCUGUAGGUCCUUCAGGGACUACACCAUCCUUUCCGUGAGUGUGUUAUUCCGUGAUCGUAUCCAUGAAGACAUUUUAGAAAAGAAUACGAUGGUUCUAUACUAAUAUAGCUAACUAAUCAUAGUACCUACGUUAUAAAAGCGAGCAAUAAUAAGCAAGGAUUGUAAUAACUUCCAAGCAUCCAUCUGUGUGUUGGUAAACAAAAAGUAUAUAGACUAAAAUAUUACUAUUGAAACAUGCAGCCUGAGCUUUAUACACAUGUUAAUAAUUAUACAAAAGCUUUUCCACGUUUUAGUCGUCCACAAGUUUUAGGUUAUAUUGGUUUGGAAAAUUUAAAAUUUGCCAGGCAACUCCAAAGUAAAAGAGUACAUUUUGAUUUGAAUUUGCAUAUAGAUAAAUGCAUUCACAGACCACCAGACUUGGAUGUCAAACUAACAGAAUUACUGCGUUUUCUGUUGGAAAAUGAGAAAAGACUUAAUUUUUGUUUGGAAACAAAUUUGGACAAUUCAAAAUUUUUCUGUUAUCGUGGACUUAUGACUUGUUUGGCUCUUACUCCUUACGAGAACAAAGAUCCUUGGAAGAUAGUGGUAAUCUUAUUUAAAGGCAAUAUUUAUCUUUGUGCAAGAGACACUGAAGAAAGUAUUAGGCGGAAAAAGAAUAUGACAGAACAUGAAAAAAAAUGUUCAUCAUGGGGAUAUAAAUUUGAACAAUUUGUACUAUCAGAUAAACCUCAUUUAGAACCUAAUCCUAACAUUCCUGUUGAUGAAAAUGAGGAAUUUUCAUUAGUGUUUACUACAAAGUUGAAUAUUCACACUAUAGUUUAUGGAGCAGAAAUGGAUGGCAUCCAUUGUGAUUUAACAUCAGUACCAACUCCACCUGAACCUGAGGCUGGACCAGAAGCAGUUGUUCAAUAUUUGUCAAAUGCACACUUUGUAGAAUUGAAAACCAGCAGACAUAUAGAAUUCCCAAGACAGGAAACAAGCUUUAGAAGGUUUAAAACAAAGAAGUGGUGGUGUCAAUCUUUUCUUGCUGGAAUCGACACAAUACUAUGUGGGUAUAGAAAUGAUGAAGGCAUUGUGGAAGAACUGAAAACUUUUCAACUUCGAGACCUUGUGAAAAUGUCUGAAAGGUUUUGGAAUCCCAAUGUCUGCUUCAACUUCUUGGACGAUUUUUUCACAUAUGUGAAGAGAUGUUUGGCAAGAGAAAUCAAACAUAAAUGUGGUGAACAAGGAUUGAACAAUUUGCAGACUUUACCCAUGAUAUCUUUAUUGCUGGAAUGGAGUCCUGGGAAUCCAGUACGUGUCACAGGAGCCUACAAUAAUGAUGAUGAUCCCAUACUACCCAAUUGGUUUUGUGAUGAUUAUGGUAAAAAUAGAGAUAUUUAAAAUAAGUAAAUAAAUAUUUUGAGUACGCAA